AAAUUACUAAAGCAGCUAUAUUCACGCUGCUUAAGAGAAACGUCAAAGUUUUGAAAUAAUUUUAAAACGUUAACGGAAUUGAAGUAAAUAUAUUUACAAAAACGACUUCGAUAGUAUUUUAAAUGGAUAACUUUCAAACUCCAAUAAAAAAUAAAUUGAUAAAUAAUGUUAUACAAAUACCUCCGAGUCCUUUAAUGAAAAAAAUAGGAUUCGGAACACAUGUUGUUGUUUAUGAAUUUCAAAGAUCACCUCUACCCGAAAAAUCCCGUUCACCUUGGGCAAUAAAGAAAUUGAUCGAAAGCCAUAAACAACAAGAUUCUGCCAAAACUGCUAAUAAACGUUUAAAAGCAGAAGCCGAAAUUCUUCGUAAAUUAAAUCAUCCCAACAUAGUCGGGUUUAGAGCUUGUACUAAACAAUCAGAUGAUACGUGUAUAAUAGCUAUGGAAGGAUGUACUAGCUCGCUAGGGGAUUUAAUAGAGAACCGAUUAGAUUAUUUAGGAGACGUUCCAUUUCCUCCAAAUACUAUUCUUAAAAUGUCCAGUGACAUUGUUAACGCUUUGGAUUAUUUACAUAACGAAAAGUUGUUGCACGGUGAUAUUAAAUCAAUGAAUAUAUUGGUUAAAGGAGAGUUUGUGAUAUGUAAACUUUGUGAUUUCGGGGUGUCUUUACCACUCACUAAAGGCGGAGAAAUCGAUAAAGAAAAAGCCGGAGAAGAUGUAGAGUACGCAGGUACACCUCAUUGGUGUGCACCAGAAGUUUUUCAAGAUAAUCAGAUUAUUACGUCCAAAGCUGAUAUUUAUUCGUUCGGUCUCGUUAUAUGGGAAAUGUUGUCACUUGCUCCACCAAAUAUGUCGGAAAGUUUCGAAGAAUCGUCUUUCAAUUCGUCUAUUGAUGAAAAAAUCGAACCAAGACAAAGACCUCCUUUACCGGAUGUAGAUUUAGGACCAGAGUAUAAUUUAGUUUUGGAAAUAUAUUUUUGUUGUACGAUUGUGGAUUUUAUGAAAAGACCAAAUGCUCAAAAUUUAGUGAAGGUCUUUAAUCAAAUUAUGGAUAAAAAAUGAUGAUUUUAUGUAUAUAACAAAGUUUAUUAAUUAAUUUUUUCAAAUGAACUUCAAAUAAAAUAUUCAAAUUCAUUUAUUUCAUACUCAUUUAAAAAUUAUGAAAAAUUUAUAUAAAAAUAGCGAAUUAGGUUGUAAACGAGGUACUUUGGAAAAAUCAAACAAAAAUAAUGUAAUAAAACUUGAAAAUUGGGAAGUGAAUUGAAAACUUUAAAUUUUGUAACCAUUUUUUGAAAUUAAAUCAAACAUUUCUAUAAAAUACCCUCCCAUGCACAUUUUUUACCUAAAAUUAUAUUACUAAAAAUAUAUUUAUUUUUAAGUAUUUUUUUGGCGUAAAUAAAUAAAUAGCCAAAUCAUAUAA